AUGUCAUCCCUACAAGAUUUACCAACAUUGGAAGAUAUACUGUCUCGCAAAACCCUGCCGCCUGUCUGUCUUUACAACUUCUACACUGUCCUACGUGAUAAACUGUACUUGGACAACCUGCUUGACUUUUAUCUAGAUGUUCGGCAUCAUGAAAUCUUAUGGCGAAGAUACGUCAAGUCCGUGCUCAAAUCAUCGCAGCAACAUGAUUUAUUCAACAGUAUACACAGGCUGGAUGGAGAGGAUCCAAUUGAAAAGUAUCUCGACAUUACUUCCUCUGCUGUGCCUAUUGACAAGUAUGUGGAUAUACACCAUCCCGUGAUACAGCAAUCGCCGACAUUGGUGAACAACAGGGACUCUGCAGACGAUAUCUCUAUCAGUGUGCCUCUGCCUAUUGUUAGGCCGCCCAUAGGGGAGAAAUUAAUGGAUGUCAUCUACCAAGUGCCUGAUCGACACGAUCUAGUGACAUCUUCGGAGCGCAUUGUCCAUACGUAUUUGAUGCCAGGUGGUUCAAAGUAUCUAAAAGUAAUUCCUGCUAAAAUCCGACAGCAAGUGAUUGAAAGCUACAACAUCAAUGGCUGUGUUCGCCAUGAUCCUAUGCUCUUUGCAGAAGCCAAACAUGCUGCGUUCUUGUAUAUGGAACGUUGGGCUUAUCCACCUUUCAUGCGCCUGAAAGUAUGGGGCAACAUUACAGAGCGGCAGCAAAUGCACCGCUUGGUCAUUGGUCUUGUGGCCCUGGCCGCAGGAUUCUCUUCUGCUCUCAGCUUCAUCUUUCUAAAUUAUGCACCUUGGGGCACUCGCUUUUGGGUAAAUAUCACUGAUGAUGCGAGUGUGCAUGAUGUCUCAUGA